AUGGCCAACGUGGAAAGGGUCAAGCCCAUGGAUGUAAGUCAAACUUCACAGAAGGAAAAGUGUUGUUUAAUAUUAAUGUGUUUUUGAAGUGUGACUUGGCCCAGUCAUAUGAAUGAAAUUUUGUAUGUUGUAUCUCAUGACAGUGCGAUCCUUCAACAUCUUGUGAGGUAUGUAGGCUGUGUGCGUGUGUUUGUAUGCAAAGUAUCACACCCAGUUAAGCGCAUUUAUUGUACAAGUCAAAGUAGAGCAGUUAGCUGUACUUUUCUCUUGGUAAACAGACCCUUUUUCAGCAGGCUUUUCUGUUUCAUGUAACGUCAAUGUCAAAAAUGUUUAAUAUUCCUGUGUUUUUGAAGUGUGACUUGGCCCAGUCAUAUAAAUUAACAUUUUAAUGCUGUAUCUCGUGAUAGCGCUCUGAACAGCGUUCAACAUCUUGUGAGGAAGUUUGGCCGUGUGCGUGUGUUUGUGUGAAAAGUAUCACAACCAGUUAAGCACAUUUAUUGUACAAGUCAAAGUAGAGCUGUUAGCUGGACUUUUCUCUUGAUAAAAAGACCAUUUUCAGCAGGCUUUUCUGUUUCAUGUAACGUCUAUGUGAAAAAUGUUGUUUAAUAUUUGUUUUUAAAGUAUAACCUGGCCCAGUCAUAUAAAUUAAAUUUUGUAUGCCGUAUCUCAUGACAGUGCUCUGAACAGCCUUCAACAUCUUAUGAGGUAGGUACACUGUGUGUGUGUGUGUGUGUGUGUGUGUGUGUUUGUGUGCAAAGUAUCAGACCCAGUUAAGUGCUCCUAUUGUACAAGUUAAAGUAGAGCAGUUAGCUGGACAUUUCUCUUGAUAAAAAGACCAUUUUCAGCUGGCUUUUCUGUUUUAUAACGUUUAUGUAGACACGGAAGUAUGGAUUUAAAAACUCAGGACUGUGCCAAGCCCGAAUCACCACUGACUCUUUUUUUUUUCUCUCUGCCCUCCUGGGCCCGUCUGUCUGCUUAGGUGGUACUUUUAGUUGCACACAGAUAAGAUGAGAUGAGCACCCAUUUUAUAAGCUUCCAAAAAGCGGUUGUUCCUUUUACAUUUUACAGUUUUUACAUUUUGCGUCCAUAAAUUACCCUACAAAAAUCCUUCAGGCCAGACAUGUUAUAACUGAAUGCCAAAGAGUAUUUUUGUGCUGGCUCCUAAAGUGUGAUUUCUCUAUUAUGUUUACUAAUUUUGUUUUGCCACAGGACAUAAGGACAGCUCAAGUCACUCUAACCUUCAAGUGGUCAGGGGAUUCUCCACCACAGAAGUCCAAGCUAGAGAUGGCUCUUCAGACAUGGGCCACUAAAAAAUAUAAUGGAAACUGCAAAGUUGUCAACAUACGUGGUGGAACAGCUGUGAUAGAGUUUGAGCCAGCUCCAGGUGCAGUAUGACUAAAUGUUAAAGCAAAAUUUGAAUUGCACAUUUAUUAAACAGCGCAAUAAAGACUCUGAGAUCCUAUCGAAAGAGUAUUGUUUAUACAAAUGUAUUUGAUAAUGCAGUAUUUUAAUUCAUCUUCUUUCAAAGUGAAAUGAUUUUUGUCUCCUUUUUUUCAGACUUGAGUGACCUUCAGGAACUGUGUGGUCAAACUCUGGAAAUCAAAGACAAGCUCAAAAACUCAGCACAAAUUAUGUGUGCCAUUGUAAAACCUCCAAAUCUUAAGACCGAAAUACCAGACAACACUUCAGAGCCCCAAGAUGUAAGUUCAGUGUUGUCAGAAAUGGCAAGUUAAUCCCAUUAAAUUCAGUUUAAUUAUUUCAUGGUAUUUGUUUUUAGGGAGAACAAGACCUGAGGAAACAAAGCUGUGACGUGGAUAUUGAUAGGGCUCCCAGAGUGUCAUUUCUUGAUUAUAUUUACCGAUUCUGUAUUGCCACAGGACAAAAGAAAAGCUCAAUUCACUCUAUCUAUCAAGUGGUCAGGGGAUUCUCCACUACAGAAGACCAAACUAGAGAUGGCUCUUCAGACAUGGGCCUGUAAAAAAAAUAUAGGAAGCUGCAGAGUUGUCAACAUACGUGGUGGAACAGCUGUGAUAGAGUUCGAGCCAGCUCCAGGUGCAGUAUGACUAACUAGUAUAGUAAAAUUUUAAUUGCACAUUUAUUUAACAACACAAUAACGACUCUGACAUCCUAUUUAAAGAGUAUUGUUUAUAAAAAAUGUAUUUGAAAAUGCAGUACUUUAAUUCAUCUUCUUUGGAAGGGAAAUUAUUUUUGUCUCCUUUUUUUCAGACUUGUGUGACCUUCAGGAACUGUGUGGUCAAACUCUGGAAAUCAAAGACAAGAUCAAAAACUCAGUGCAAAUUAUGUGUGCUAUUGUAAAACCUCCAAAUCUUGAGACAGAAAUACCAGACUACACUUCAGAGCCCCAAGAUGUAUGUUCAGUGUCCUCAAAAAUGGCAAGUUAAUCCCAUUAAAUUCUGUUUAAUUCUUUCAUGGUAUUUGUUUUUAGGGAGAACUACACCUGAGGAAACAAAGCUGUGACGUGGAUAUUUAUAGAGCUCCACUGCCAAAACCACAAAGUGCGAGAGAUCCUCCAAAUACCCUUCUCCAGAAGAUUGAUUACAGUGGAUCAGAUUUUUCUCUCAAGAGCAAAGAUCCCAAAAAGUUAAUGGAUGAACUGAAAAUCAACAAGAAGAAGGAGAGCAAGCUCCUGCAAACUGUAUCUUUUGACAGAAUGACUGUUCAUGGGCCGAGCCAGAGCCGAGAUGCCAUCGAAAAGUUACUCAACACAGUAACAAACACUGAUCCCUCUCAGGAAGAGUCUGCAGCAGCAAAUCAAGACACACCAAACAUUGGCAUGAACAUCCAGGACCCUCUCCUCAACAGUGGCCUCAUCUUUGCAGAAAAAUACUGGAAACUGAUCAAUACUUCCUUCUGCAAGGAUUUGGCCAAAAUAAAAGCUAAGUUUGGAGUGGACGUAAAAGAAUUAAGCAACAGUUCAGGCCAAGUCAAAAUUGAAGUUUGUUGGAAGGAAUCAGGAAGAAAUGCAUCAAUGGAGAGCCAUGCUCUUAGAGCUCUUCUCCAUCUGUACCAGAAGAUUGCUACAUCCCCGUUAAACAACACCUAA